GAGACAGAGAGUGUGUGUGAGACAGAGAGCAGCAUGCAGCAGAUCUACAAACAGACCGAUGAACAGUUUGAGGUUUAUACCACCGUCUUCUCCCCACAAGUGACCAGGACCAGGACCAGGACCAGACAUGUGGAGGCCGAGAAGGUGGUGGUGGCUGUGCUUCAGUACCGGUCCCGCUGGCCGAAGGAGCUGGACCUGAACCAGGGAGACCUGAUCCAGGUUCUGUUUAAGGAGGACGAGACCUGGUGGUUUGGACGGCUUACAGACGGACGUGAGGGAUAUUUCCCUGCAGGCUGUGUGGAGCCACUGCAGGUACCCACACACCUCACAACCAGGUCUUAG